GCCGCCGGGGGAUCAUGGCCCUGCGCAACCUGUGCUCCGUGCUGGAAGUGCUGCUGGUAACAAUUCUUGUAGUGGAAGGAAUUGCUGUUGCACAGAAGACACAAGGUGGGCAAAAUAUUGGAGUGAACCGCAUUCCUCCCACCCAGUGUGAUAACUGGGUACGGACAAGUAAUGGAGGACACUUUGCUUCGCCAAACUACCCUAAUACGUACCCGCCGAAUCAAGAGUGUAUCUAUAUCUUGGAAGCUGCUCCAAGACAAAGAAUUGAGUUGACCUUUGAUGAACCUUAUUACAUAGAACCCUCCUUUGAAUGCCGGUUUGAUCAUCUGGAGGUUCGAGAUGGACCUUUUGGUUUCUCCCCUCUCAUUGAUCGUUACUGUGGUCUCAAAAGUCCUUCACUAAUUAGAUCAACAGGGAGAUUUAUGUGGAUCAAGUUUACUUCUGAUGAGGAACUGGAAGGAAAAGGAUUUCAAGCAAAGUACUCAUUUAUACCCGAUCCUGACUUCACUUACCUGGGAGGCAUUUUAAAUCCCAUUCCAGACUGCCAAUUUGAGCUCUCAGGAGCUGAUGGAAUAGUACGUUCCAGUCAAGUAGAACAAGAAGAGAAAACAAAACCAGGACAAGCAGUUGACUGCAUAUGGACAAUUAAGGCUACUCCAAAUGCUAAGAUCUAUUUGCGAUUUCUGGACUACCAAAUGGAGCAUUCCAACGAAUGCAAACGAAACUUUGUUGCUGUGUACGAUGGGAGCAGCUCUAUCGAGAACCUCAAGGCCAAGUUCUGCAGCACAGUAGCCAAUGACGUGGUGCUGCAGACAGGCACCGGCGUGGUGCGCAUGUGGGCUGAUGAAGGCAGCAGGCUGAGCAGAUUCCGAAUGCUGUUCACCUCCUUUGUGGAUCCUCCCUGCUCAGGCAGCACGUAUUUCUGCCAUAGCAACAUGUGCAUCAAUAAUUCUUUAGUCUGCAAUGGCAUUCAAAACUGUGCAUACCCUUGGGAUGAAAACCACUGCAGAGAAAAGAAAAAGGCCGGAUUGUUUGAACAAAUCACCAAAACUCACGGAACAAUCAUAGGCAUCACAUCAGGAAUAGUUUUAGUUCUUCUCAUUAUUUCCAUUCUAGUGCAAGUGAAGCAACCUCGCAAAAAGGUUAUGGCUUGCAAGACUGCUUUCAAUAAAACUGGUUUCCAAGAAGUAUUCGAUCCUCCACACUACGAACUGUUUUCACUAAGGGACAAAGAAAUUUCUGCAGAUUUGGCAGAUUUAUCAGAAGAACUUGAAAAUUACCAGAAAAUGAGACGCUCCUCCACAGCUUCUAGAUGCAUUCACGACCACCACUGUGGCACUCAGGCCUCUAACAUAAAACAAAGCAGGACAAACCUCAGCUCCGUGGAGCUUCCCUUCCGCAACGACUUUGCGCAACCUCAGCCAAUGAAAACGUUCAAUAGCACAUUCAAGAAAAGCAGUUACACUUUCAAGCAAGCGCAUGACUGCCCCGAGCAAGUCAUAGAAGACAGGGUUAUGGAAGAGAUUCCCUGUGAAAUCUAUGUCAGAGGACGAGAAGAUACUGCACAAGGUUCAUUAUCUAUCGACUUUUAACUUGCUAACGAAGGUGAUAACCAUGUACAUAUAGGAUGUUUGUGUAUAUAAUGACAGUGUAUAUAUUUAAAAUGUACCAUAGGCAGCGUGUGAGAUGCACACACUUUUAGCUUAAUUGUAUUUCAUUAAAAGAAGUCUUCAUAACUUAACUAUUGUUGAAAACCAGUGGACUCCCUCCAAUCUUACCAAGAUUCCUAUACAGUUGAGCGACAAGAGAGGCUUUGCAUGGAAAUUGUCAGGAUAUGGGGGGGAAAUUAACCAAUCAUUGGUCACUGACAGCAAUGGCUACUACCUGCCUCUUCCCAUCCAUUCCCUUCCUUUGAUGUCUGCUUUUCAGGACAAUUUUAACACCUUCGUUACAUAAAUAAAAGUGGUUAAGUGCACCACACAUAUGUCAACAUAGGUGUCUUAUUGUAUUUGUCAAAUUGAAGAUAGAGUUGCUGUGUUAAGUGCCAGUUAACACUCAAGAAUUAUGUUACAGUGAUCUGUUUCACCUUGUCUGCCAUUUAUAUUGCCUAAGAUUACUGCCUUUUAGCAAUAUUUUAGCUUAAGUUGUAUUAAUUUUAGUACCUUUGGGAAUAUAUAAACUUUGCAGCUUGUGAUUAAAACUCAACUAGGUUCUCAAAUGGUAUUCUAGAUACAAAUUUAUACAAAAACAGAUGUUUUGCUUCCAGAAGGCUUACGAUGUUAUAAGAUCCUACUAUUCUUUAUAUACCCUUGUAACUCCACUGAUUUCACAGCUCUUCAGUUAGAAAAAAAUAUUGUUCCUGUGUUUUCCAAAUACUUGCAUAAAAAGACUGCACUGUGCAUUUGUCUCUUAAAAUAGCCUUGCACUCCUCAUGGAGCUCCUCUUCUCUAUUGAAGGCAGUGCUAGAUACUUCAGGCUCAUGUCCUACUUGCAUGAAAAGAAUGGCUUAGAGGCCUGUGGGAUACGUGAGGAUGCUGGACACAAGGAGAGAUCACAAAGCAACUUGUAUCAUCCUUUUUUAUGGCAACCUUCUUGAGCCCCUUGUUUCCACUAGCAAAAUUGCACAUUUCAUACCUUUUUUAAUGGUGGUUUUGACCUAAUUUUAACAUUUAUACAAUAUAGAACAGUUUUUAAAUAUAACAAUUCUCAUUGUGAUUUUUAGACUUUUUAUAUAGUUUGAUACUGUACAGACUAUUUAUUAAAUCUAAGUCUAGCACCUGUACAGCAGGCUUGUUUCAGUGUCCAUAUUAGCAGCUCUGAAUAACAUUCAGUGACUGCUAUACACAUUGCAAUUUGCCAAGAGUACUUUUAAGAUGACUUCUGCAUUAGCCUACCUUUUACUCCCCACUUUGUUUGGGUUUAUUUUGGUAUUUAAUUUACAUUUUCACAAGACAUGACCUACGAGCUUGCAAUCUCUGUUCACAUCCUUUACUCACAGAGGUACGUAAAAUCAUAGUUAAUGUGAAAUAUUUUUGUUGUGAUGGUUAUAGUCCAAAAAGUGCAUCUUAAAAUAUGAUCCUAGCAAGUGAAACGUUUUCUUUAAAAGAAAAUAUGAACAUCAACUACAAUCACUGAAUUCAAUUACAAUGAUUAAAAAAAAAAAAGAUCUCACACCAGGCUUAGAAUGUAAUUAUGUUAAAAAAACAGACACAGACAGAGAGAAUUGGCCAGCACUGGAAAUUCUCAGUGCUUUGUAACUUCAGAAUUAUUACAACUAUCUGAAAGAAAGAACUUAAUUGGAAGCUCAUCAGUUAGGCCUGUAAGAGUGUGUCUUGGUGUCAGUUUUUGUGCUGGUCACAGAUCGUAUUUCAUUUUGAAAGAAUGAAGUAGGGUUUUUUACAUAUACUUCAUGCAAAAGUUAAGUCUUCAAAACUUUAAUUUUGAUUUGGAAAAAAAAAUAAUUACAGCACUUCUUGACAGAUUCCACUUCUCAUUGAUGUCAGUAAUAAAUUCCUCAUUAUGAACUAUAUGGCACGGAAUGUUAUUUGCGACAAACCCUUAACAGUUCCGGAAGAAAUCAUGUAGUUUCACAUAGGUAAUUCUAGUCUGUAUGACUAACUCUUGUAAGUAUUAGUAUUUCAUAAAUAAGUUUUCUUUUCAAGGUAUAUUUGUCUGUGUAAUAAAAGUAUUCUGGCCCCUUUUGUCCCUAAAUUAUAUUGACACUGAAGUGAUACAUAUGUUGUAAGAACAGGAAUAUCCUUGCUUGCUUAUUACAAGUAGGGUAAAAUUAAGACUGAAUCCAUAAAAUCUGAAAGGAGAACUUGUUUGUUUUAUAUGAUAACAUGAGAAACUAUUAAAAUAAACUUCCUUUUCCAGUAUAAUGAAAUUCCCUUCAAUUUGGACUUAUCUCUGUUACUCUGAAAUGUUUCAGCAAUCACAGAAAUACUAACUUAUAUUUAAAGAACAUGAAAUGUUCUUGUCUGGUAUGAAGCCAUGACCUUCAUACUGAAUAAAAAUUACUCUGACACAUUA